CGUUAGCUGUGCACAUGUCAGAUUCUGAAGGCAGUCGUCAAGUACACCACUUGGUGAUUGAUCUCGUCUCAUCGGACGAAGAUAGACCUGUAGAACUAAAUUAUGAGGACGAAACAAAGUCCGAUUUUAUCGAUUCUAGCGCCUCGAGUGUGGGUGAUGACAUUCCAACUCAAGUCGACGACGAAACCAAGUCGGAUAACGACUCCGCCGUGUCACCAAGAGCCCAUGUUCCCGGGGCCGUGGAUGUAGACGAUAGCAACCGGGACCAGGUAGACGUCUCUACUGGCGGUGCUCCUUCCACGGCUGGACCGUGGUCCAUGAGGAUUCCAAGGCAUCCUGACGGUCGCCUUGUGCAUGAAGCCCCUGACCCUCGAAUUCCAACUAUACAAUCCCCACUUACCAUCCAACAGUUUGAGUACCAAACCAGUCAAACACUCAGCUACAUCCAACUUGUUGGUGAGUUUGACAUUGAUGGUGUCACCAUCGAUGGUCCAGUGGAGAUUGUAAACCACCUUGCUGGCGUUCACAUGGAAGUGUGGGGGGGUCCAUCGAGACUCAUGGAUGCGUCAGGCAAGCGAGAAGGGAUGACAAAGGUCUCCUCGUGUGGCUCAGCCUCUUACUACAUCCCUGAGGGGCUACGGUCGCCCUUCAUUGAGGCGCUGAAUGACCACUUUGGCAUUCAACUCCUGUGUCGUCCAGAAAGACGAAACCUCCUCAUGGAGGCAAGAACGAUGACACGAUGGGAUUUUGUCCAGGCGUUGACUACAAUCCAAUGUCCACGCGUCUUGUAUCAAGUAUACGGUGAGAAGAGCUCAGUGGAUGACUACAGCAAGUGUUUGACUUCGCUCAAGACGGCUGUGCCAUCCGCUUUGAUUACCGUGGACUUCUCGCGACAUGUGGGGUACGACAGGGAACUCAAUGUCCCCCCGUACCAGACUGUUGUUGACACGGUGAUCACAAACGAGCCUGGCUUUAGCACCAUGCGCAAGGUGCUAUUUCGCGAUUUCAGCUUGGCCCAAAUGAUGCAACUACACCCACUGCUAUUCAAGAUCGAGGACUGCUACGGCACGGUUGUUUUUACCAAGACAAAAGAAUCAACCCACUGGCCAUGGCUUGAAAAAGUCAAAGUGUACAACAAAUCCGUUCACUACUUGAAGUCAAAGCGGUCGGUGAAGUGGUCCUGGAUUCCGAAAGGACUUAAAUCACUGAAACCUUUUCAGAAGCACUUCGAAGAUGCCAUUUACGUCUACGAUGAAAACAAAGCAUCGGAUUCCAUGAAAUGGUCUCGAGUCGAGCUGACCAUGGAAUGGGUCGACUUGGCCACCGCUAUCAGCCGCUUCAAAACUGUCUUCAAGAGCUUGAAGAAAAUCAUGAUCGCACGGCACAUCGACAUGGACGUGUCGAUCACUUGCAUGGAAAAUCUCUAUCGCGGUCUACGCAGAGACAAAAGACUCUUCUCUGGCCAAUGGGGUCAUUUGCUCAACGAGACCCAGCGACGUGAGUUUGCUUGGAUGGUCGAUACCAUUGGCACUGGCAGCCACGCCAUUCAAGAGCUGGUCCGCAAGUCAUACAUUGACUUGGGUAUUCACCUGUUCGUUGAUUACAUCUUGGACGAACAAAGCCAAAGUUCACGAAGCGAGAGUGAGAGCGACGUACAACGCAGCUCCUCAAACGGAAGCGAUUACGACGAAUCUCCUGAGCGUGUGCUGUCAGACGAAGCUCUGCGUAUUUACCAACAAGUGCGGAUGAAUCCAACAGCUCAAGGGAAGUUCAGGGCGCAUUACAAGUCUGGUGGCCAAUGCAUGGCCCGUGAAACCAGGAUCGCGCUCGCACAAGGCCUGGAAGCCAAGGGAAUUGACUGGGCCAACAAACUCAUUCUUUACCCCGUCGAUAUGAUGGCCAUUUGAUUAGUAUAUAUCGGUACCUAACUGCUAGAUGUAGCUUAGAUAACCCAAAGUGAACUAGACUGAUAAUAGUAAUACAUAAGCUUUCAAAGUAUA